UGAGCCCAAUUAUAACUGAUAAUGUUUAUUUAAUAAAAAACGGAAAAGAAGAGAGCUUCCCAUACUGAAUUUUCUUCUAUUCAUUUUCUGCAGUUUCAAUUUUCGUUCUGAUAACGGGCAAUGCUUUCUCCCACUUUCUCAUCACCAAAUAUCAGUUUCAAUCUUACUCCUCCACCCUCACAACCACCAUUUUUGUCUAUUCAACCAUUUAAGCUACAAAAAACAAGAAAAAAUUCCAUCAACUCAAACAACCAAAAACAGAGCAGACCAACUUGGAAUUUUCGUUGCUUCUGUUAUAAAAAUUCAUCUUCUUUACAUGAUUCCAAGAUUUCAGACGAUUUCUCAAGAUUUUACGAUGACCCAGAAGCGGAAUUAUGUGAUACUACUACUUCUCAGUCCUCCUCCUUUUGCCAUAGUCUUUGUCCUUCUUCGGUUGGGGUUUGGCUUCGGUCUUGUCAGAGCUUGGAAGACGUGAAAAGAUUACAUGGGAUUGUUUUGAAGUGUUUUGGGUAUCCAGAAACUUAUGUUUAUAACAAUUUGAUUUGUGUUUAUUUGAAUUUUGAGAGAUUGAGUGAUGCUCGUAAUGUGUUCGAUAAAAUGACUGUGAGAAAUGUUGUUACUUGGACUGCUGUUAUUGAUGGGUAUAUGAGAUUUGGUUUAAAUGAAGAAGCUUUGGGGUUGUUUAAGGAUUCGAUUCGAGAUGGGGUUCGAGCUAAUGAGAAGAUGUUUGUGUGUUUAAUGAAUCUUUGUAGUAAGAGGAAGGAUUUUGAGCUUGGGAGGCAGAUUCAUGGAGGUGUUAUCAAAGGUAGUGUGAGUAACAUGAUUGUUGAUAAUUCUAUUGUGAAAUUCUAUGCUGAAUGUGGUGAUCUCAAGAGUGCUUUUCGAAAAUUCGAGAAAAUGGCUAAAUGGGAUGUGUUUUGUUGGACUACUAUGAUCACUGCUUGUUCUCAACAUGGGAAUGGGGAGGAAGCUAUUUCUUUGUUCUCUAGAAUGUUGGAUGAGGGAUUUUCUCCCAAUGGAUUUACAGUUUGUGGGGUUUUGAAAGCUUGUGGUGAAAAGAAGGAACUAAGCUUAGGAAGACAAUUACAUGGUGCUAUAGUUAAGGAAAUGUACAAGAAUGAUGUUUUUAUAGGCACUUCUUUAGUUGAUAUGUAUGCAAAAUGUGGUGAGAUUGUAGACUCUAGGAAUGUGUUUGAUAGAAUGAAUCAUAGGAAUAUUGUAACUUGGACAUCCAUCAUAGCAGGAUAUGCUCGGAAGGGGCGUGGCGAGGAGGCUAUAGAGCUUUUCCGAGCCAUGAAGAGGCGAAACAUCUUUCCUAAUAACUUGACCAUUGUGAACAUUCUUAGGGCUUGUGGCUCGAUCGAAAAUUCAUUGCUUGGAAGGGAAGUGCACGCGCAGAUAGUGAAGAACUCUAUUGAAACUAACUUGUACCUUGGAAAUACAUUGGUUUGGUUCUAUUGUAGAUUUGGUGAGUACUCUAAAGCCAUUAAGGUCCUCCAAAAAUUGCCUCAUAGAGAUGUGUUUUCAUGGACAGCAAUCAUUUCCGGUUGUACUCAUCUAGGAUAUGACUCUGAAGCUCUUGAGUUCUUGAGAGAAAUGAUUAAGGAAGGAGUAGAACCAAACUCUUUUACUUAUUCAUCAGCCUUAAAAGCUUGUGCUCAGCUUGAAACUGUCCUUCAAGGCAGAUUGAUUCACUACUCAGCCAAGAAAACUCCUUCCAUGUCAAAUGUUUUCGUGGGCAGCGCUUUGAUUUACAUGUACUCAAAGUGCGGGUAUGUAACUGAAGCGUUUAAUGUCUUCGAAAACAUGCCUGAAAAGAAUUUUGUUGCUUGGAAAUCUAUGAUUAUGGGGUAUGCAAGGAAUGGAUUCUGCAACGAGGCUUUGAAACUCAUGUAUCGAAUGCGAGCAGAAGGUUUUGAGGUGGAUGAUUAUGUCCGUACAACUGUUCUCGCCGCGUGUGGAGAUGUUGAGUUAGAUGAUAAUGUAGAAGAGCAUUCAUAUGCUUGUAGUUUGAAGUCUGGUUCCUCUGUUUGAAACUUGUAUGAAUGAAUGAAGAUGGAAAUGGUUAUAACAUUUAUAAGUGUUGUUAUCAACUUAAUCUUCUGUUCAUACUUGUUUUGAACAUCUAAUAUGUACCCUACUGAUAUAUGUAUUCACUGACUGGUGUAGAUUAUGAAUGAAGAAAGAAUUAGCUAUGAAAAGAAA